AAUAAAAUUAGCAUAGAAAAUUAAAUAGCGGACAUAAUGGAUGAAAGUAAUAUUCCUAUCGAUAUAAAUAUAGGAAAGCUUCAAGACUGGCUGAUAAGUCGUCGACAUGUGAAUAAAGAAUGGCAAAAAAACAUAAUAGCUGUGCGAGAAAAAAUUAAUAAUGCAAUUCAAGACAUGCCAGUACAUGACGAUAUCGCAACUUUACUAUCUGGUAGCUACAUUCAUUAUUUUCAUUGCUUAAAAAUCAUCGAGAUUUUAAAGCAAACUGAGGCGGAUACGAAAAACAUAUUUGGUAGAUAUGGAUCACAAAGAAUGAAAGACUGGUUGGAUGUGAUUAAAAGUUAUGAAAAAGAAAACUUAUAUUUAGCUGAAGCGGCACAAAUGCUAGUUAGGAAUAUCAACUAUGAAAUACCUGGUUUGAAGAAACAAAUUGCAAAAGAGGAGCAAAUACAACUGGAUUGUGAGAAAAAGCACACAGAAUAUUUGAAAAACGAAGCUUCAAGCAAAUCUGAAUUUUUAACUCUAUGCAAACAAUUAGGAAUCGAGGGCAAUAAAAUUAAAAAGGAAUUAGUUGAGAGGUUACAAGAGUUACCGGAAAUAUAUGAUGAGAUAGGCAAAUCAUUGAAUCCAAUACUUCCAGCUAUAGAGUUAUAUUCAGCUUUUACUAAAUAUGUACUUGGUGAUCAAGCACCACAAGUGUUGCCAUUACUGCAAUAUGUGGUAGAACAUGGUAAUACCACUGUAUAUGAAUGGAAGUAUGGUGAAGCUCCGCUAAGGAUUGAAUUGGAUCCUAUACAUAUAGAAGUGGAAGAUGACAAGGCAGCUGGAGAUCAGAUAGAUUUUGGUGAUGGUGGUAUAGAUUUUGGUGAGAUUGAUACGUCAGCUAUCGACUUUGGUGAGGGAGAUGCAGGCGGGGAGAUCGACUGGGGUAAUAUUGAUGUUGCACCAACUGAUGUUGAUGUGUCAGCAGAGGUAGCCUCCAUCUCCCUGGAGGAGUCAGGGAUAGUGGUGGAGGAGGCGGGGCUGCAGGGCGGGGUGGCCACGGGCAGGGAGGCUCUCACACUCCUGGACAACCCUACCACGAGCAAUCAACUUGUGGAACAACUGCUCGAGUUGGAGUCGUUCCUGAAGAUGCGUGUGCACGAGUGCGGCGGCGAAGAGCAAUACGUGGACGUAUUGACCGCUCAGUUAGAGCAGAAGUUGUCUGUGUGCGACAAGGUGUCGCGGCUGGCGCAGCGCGAGCGCGAGCGCGGGCUGGGUGCGGGCGCGCGCGCCGCAGACCUGCGCCCGCUGCUCGCACGGCUCAUACAACGGACGAAGGAGUUACAAGCACAGAUUGAAGCAGACAUUUCAAAGAAGUACAAGGGAAGGCCGGUCAACGUUAUUGGUGGUGUGAAAUUUCUAUGAGAAUAUAAAAGUUUUGUACAUAUAAUAAAUAUAUGUUUUAUAAAA